CUAGCUAGAGUACCGUGGCGAGGCUGGUAGCAUAAAUGCUACAACAACCUCACAAGCUCACAAAAGCUCGAAGGAGGGAUUGAGUUUGGGUCCAUCAUCAAAAGCUUUCCGAUAUCCGAUCGCCACUCUAGCACUGUUCUAUCCAUCAAAUCUUGAAGAAUUCUUCCAUAAAUCGAUCAACAACAAAACACUCACCAUGACUAUUAACACAAGUAUCUAUGCUAUUGACAAAGAAACCGGGGAACGCUGUUGGGUCAACGCCAAGGCCCCCAGGAGUGUAUCCAAUGAAUCUCUGGAAGGGGAUAUCAUGCUUCUCAUGAGGGAUGGAGAGCACAGCGGGUACUUUGAGGGGAGACAACGACGAUUUGAUCUGCAGUUCCAGUUCCGCUUGAAAAAGAAAACCAACACAAUGUGGUAUGGGGUUGAGCUUGAUGAGAGCCUCAAUCUUGGAACAGUCCAAAGGCUUACAGCAAAGGCCGCAUUGGGCUUCUGCCAGAAAAUGAAUCCAGGCUCAUUCCACAGCCGCAUAUCCAAGGAGCCAUGCAUGGUGUUCAAGGUCGCCAACAGCAUGGAUGCUAUUGCUAGGACUGUCCCAGGCGACUUUCUUCCUUGUCUGGGAGAAGCCAUUGAAGAAUCCCGCGAAUCCAUCCGAAAGAGGGAGAAAGAAGGGAUGGAGUGGAAUACCAGAGAUACAUUCACCAUUUCCUGCUUCAGUGCAUACUUUGACUUCUUGAGCUGGUCCAUCAUGAAUCUACCAGUUAUUCCAACCAUUGAUGCCACAAAAGUGGUUGGAACCCAGCCUUUUCGGUUUGUCUUGUACACACUCAAGAAUGAGGAUGGACCUCAUGUCCCUGAGAACAAGAACUAUGUUUUCAACCUGGAGAUUUGUAACCCAUCCAAGACAACCAUUGGACCGGCUGCUAUGAAAUGGAUCAAGAAAUAUGAGAAGAGAGAAGAAGCUGACCCUGCUGCCAGCCCCAGGACCAGCAAGUUGAUGACAGGCAGAUUGUCACUGGAUGGGAGCGAAUGCUUCACCGACCCCAUUGUCUGCAUGUAAGAAAAAUUGGCGACUCAAUUUUAUUCUCUUUUUUUGUAGUAUAAAUAAUGGUUGCAUGUUCCGCUAAACUAUCUAGUAAUACGAUUGUUACUAGCGAAACAUUGGUUUGACUUUCGACAACUCGUACUAUUAGAAGAACAUCGACUAUCUAUUUGACACGAAGCAGAUCCGCUACCCUUCA